GACUGCUUCUAGUCAUACGACAGAGCGACAGAUGUCACAUGAUCUGGUUGCUGUUGGCAGGAAAAAUGAAAACUUUCAUCCGGUGUUUGAACACAUGGAGUCUGUAACACAAAAUGUUGAAAACGACCCAUCAAGAGAAUUUACUCAGGAAAUAAUCACAAUUAUCCAUCAAGUUAAAGCAAAUUACUUUACAUCAUCUGACAUAACUCUACAUGAACGGUUCUCAAAAAUUCAGGAUAAACCAAUUGCAAAUAUGAAUGAAGUUAAAAUACGUUUGGAUCCAGAAAUUCACAGGAGGAUUGACAUGUCUCUAGCAGAACUUCAGAACAAACGAACUGUGCCAUCUGAAUCUCCCCAGAACAUUAUGAGAGUGUUAGAAGAUCCAAAUGAUCUACGGCAUGAUAUAGAAAGGAGAAGAAAAGAGAGAUUGAAGAACGAAGAUGAGAGAGUGUUUCAUGUGGAUGGUGUGACUCCAAGGAACCAGCAAAGCUGCAGUCUUUCAAAAUUACAUAACUCUCAACUUGAUGGCUUCCAAAAGCCGAUGAGAUUCAUUAAGCCACCUUUCAGGAAAUUCAUUGGGAAGCCUUACCUGAAUUCUUACUAUUCUUCAAAACCAAGUGAUACUUACCCUCACAGACGCAUUAGAGGAUACCUUGAAAAUGCAGGACCCAUCGGAAGACACUUCAAGUUUUGUUUUCCUCAUUUUGCACACAACUUUGCAGAUGGCCGUUUGCAAUCCCAUUAUAAAUCAGGCUUAGUACAGAAGGGUUUAUAUAUUCAGGCUAAGUACCAGCGGUUACGUUCUGUUGGUGUAAGGGGAUUUACCACUAACAAAUUCAGAGAUGGAUUUUUGAGGAAAGAAAAGGGAAAUUUAAAUAUUGCAACAGAAACCUGAACUGAGCUGUGAUGCUGAAGCUGAAACAGAUAACGCAGCAAAGGGAGCAUCUGUUCAUUUUUUGACAACUUUGUGGAGACUUAAAAUAGCAUAAAGGAACUAACCCUGUAACUUUCUUGAUUAAAAAAUAACUUUAUUUUUCAGUAGUGGAAUGCUGCAGAACUUUUUUACAGUUUUAAUAAUUGCUUUUAAAGUACAGUAUUCAACUGAAACAUUGUAGUAUGUACCGUUAGUUCCUUUUGCAUACCAGUCUCAAGUAAAGAAGUCAUUGAAGGGAGUCUUAUUUAUUAAAUACUUUUUCUCUAAGCAUGAUGUUACAGAUGGAACUGGAGUUGUUAUACCCAGAAGUUUAUAUGUUGAAAGUUUAUUGCUUAUGUAAUAAAAACAAAAAAGUAAAAAAAAAAAGUGC